AUGAAGGCGCGACGGUGCUGCGGCGGAUUUGAAGCCUCGGACAUGGGUGGCGGACGGCGGUGCCGAAAUCUGGCGACUGGAAUCUGCAUCGGACCGUCGUUGCCGCGGCCACCGCCUAAGAAGCCAGAAACCAACAGUGGAGAAGCUCGGUCGACGAUUAGUGGGAUGCUCCAGCGGCGGUGCAACGGUGGUUAUGGUGUGGCACUGGUUGAGCCCGUCGGAGGAAAUCUAUGCAUCAACGGCAGUGGUGUGUGUUCCUGGCGUAAGGAUUCACAAGAUAAUGCAAUUGGCCAUGGUCCAAUUUGUGCUUAA